CCCAAGUAACUUAAGAAUUUUUUUUUCCUGAAAUAAAGAUUUGUCAAACCCACAACAGUAGGUCGAUGUAAUAAUUUUUCAAAAAUUUAAAUGUCAGAUACAGGAUGUCACGUUUACAUUUAAUGUGAAAUUGUGGAAUAAUUUUUUAGUAUUUUCCAGAUACUGUUCGCARGAUGUGAUUUUUAUCAGGUAAACUGCUAAAAACAAGCAGUAUUCUGUUAAUUUUUAUGGAGGUCAUAUUGAUAUUUGUGACCCAUCAKAUUGAAAUGAGGAUUAAGUCAAAUUUGGUCAAAAUUACACAAGUACAUUUUCUGAUUCCUGGCUUUACAAGCUACAUUUUAAUACCUGUAUCAAUCUGAUAUAAGUGUAUCCAGAUAUGACAAUUUUUCUUGCUGGUUACAAUAAGAUUUGGUCUCAAUCGUAAUUUUAAUGAGGAAUUUUUGAUGUCUUUAAGAGGAAACCUCAGAUAGUAUUUGAAUAUUAAAAUUUCCCAGCUGUAAAGGAACAAACUUUUCUAGCUCACAGGGAUUGUCAAAAUUUUAAGCUAUUUUUGCACAAAAUUUUGUUUUACAAUUAUAUUUCAGACAGUUCAGUUGAUACAUUGAUAAGGCAUUUAUUAAUGAUGUUUUGACAAAAUGCAAUUUUGCAAACGUUUUAAUCAGAACUUGACUAUUUCUCCAAAAAUCACAUUUAUAUUUAAUCCUCAUUUCGAUGUGAUGAGUUACAUUUAGAAACAUGAUCAUUUGGAGCAUACUUUACAAAACUGAAUUUGCUAGUUAUAACAACAGUUUACUCAGGUGUAUAAUGUGGCCAGGCAAUUUUGUAAGAKAAAGUGAUCUUAAAAUAUAUGUUGUAGGAUUAUGGAUUAUGUGAUGCAAAAAUAUAUUUUUAGGAUUAGUUAAAAGGAAGAAAAAUAAAAAACAGGCACUUGGUGGACAAAACCGAAGUAAAAAUCCUGGUCCUUCAUCCUUGAAUGAAAUAAAACCGCGGUUUCUACGGUGACGCAUUUUUACUACAGCGAGCCGUUUCGACGUUCAGACAGGAAGUAACGUCCUGCAUUACCUUGUAGUCAGUUGUGUWCACUACAAAGUAAUGUUCUCUGCAGAAACCUGCGGCAGCUCCAACAGGACCAGGUAAAACCAUCAAUAAGCUGCCGCCGUGGCUUCAGAACCAGGAAGCUUUAGCCGCGGCCCUGMUGCUCCUGCAUUACCAGCAUCAUACAUGAGGAUGGGAGCAGGGGGAGGACGAGCAGUUUUCGGCCACARUCCGAUGAGAAAAUGCCCUUUAUUACAUCCCAUGAACAAAGCCAUGAGCGACAGAGCUUCAUUCAGAGGCUUCAGAAAUAAAAGGAAUUUACCUGGAAUCUACCUUUGUAAGGGUGGAUCCUCCACCGGAGACAGCGUGUUACCGACACCAAACCUGGAUAAAGAUGGCAAACUGCAGUCAGAGGACAUUAAUCAGAAGAAUGACGUAUCAGGAAGGCACUUCCUGUUUGAUAAGACAUUUACCAGGUUGGACAGAACCAGAACUGUGAUUCCUCCACUGCUGAGUGAUCACUACAGAGCUGCAAACCUGCGUCCCUUUGGGCUCACUGAGGGCUUCCCCCGCAGCCACGCUGGGCGACCUUUUACACUGAGUUAUACUAAAAGGUUUGGGGUGAAGCCCAGUCCAGUCUUACCCUCCCUUUUAGUUCUUAAUGGCAAGAACUUGUUCUCAGAAAAGAACUUCAAGCCAAACAGACCUAAGGUGAACUAUUCUUCACACAACCCAGUGACUGGUAAAGACAAUCAGAAAACUUUAACCUAUCCAGACCCAAUGAUUGGAGCUCCUCACUCUUUCAUCCACCGGAUAUCCGAGCUCUCUUAUCUCCAGGACGACACAGUCAGACAAGAGAAGCUGAAGAAAAUUAGGAAAUCCAGAAAACCCCCUUCCUGACAAUCACCUCCUUCCGAGUCACAUCGCUUCAGGAUAAAAACAUCAGAGUCCGUGCCAAAACCCGAAGAGAAAACAUUUAUGGAUCAGUAUUCAUUUCAGUUCCUUGUUCUGACUGCUUGUUUGUCCUCAGUGAUUUUAUUUGGCUGCUUAACCUGGUUGGUUCUUACAUUUUGGGAUUCCUGACUCUCCUUCAGUCGUGACUCUGGUAAAAAAAAAUGAAAAGAAAUAAAGAAAAUGCAGCUUUAGCCAAGACAAUAAAUGCUAUUAAGUCAAAUAUCUUCUAGUCUGACAAAUUUAGUCUGUAGUUUUCUGCCAACAUGUGCAUGAGAAAAAGAAACUUUAUUUAUUUUUCUAUUUACUGUCAUGUUUGUAGAUUACAGCUGUGUUUCAGAUAUUUUAAACAUAGUUUAACUUUGUUUACGUGAGAUAUUUAUUUAUGUACAUAGUUCAGCAAAACUCUGAUUGUGCCUUGUUAAAUGUCUUCCUGAAACUAAAUAAAUUUAUUUUUGUUAUUUUAA